GCCGGUCCCAGGGUCCCUACUGGUAACAGCGGACGGGCCCUAACAUCUCGUGUCUCUCCGCCAGGUGUUGUUCUCCCUCGAUUUCCGCGAUCGAGCGUUAGAACCGACGAUUUUCGCAGGCCAAGAUGGUGACGGUGCUCGUCGUGCAGGCGAUCCUCGCGGUCUUGGUCGUCGCGGACACCAGCCACACUGAUUCCGCCGGCAAGUCGGUUAUCUUCGAGUCAUCGCUGGACAACCUCCGGCAGGAUGAGCAAGAUGAUAACGCGGUGGUCAUUGAAGCGGCAAGUAAUUUGGAUGCUGGAUUCGACACGAGAGGGGGCCGAGGCAUCUUAUGGAAGGGUAUCUCGAGCCGCGAGUCCUGUCUGACAUCGAAAGGCGAAGUAGGGCGUUGCACCAGCUUCAAGGAAUGCUACCCCUACUUCAAAAUCCCUGACUUGAGCGCUCUGGAUGGCUGGGUGCUCGGAGUUUACGACACCUGCAGCUACAUCCAGGAGAACGGACAAACGAAUUUUGGAAUCUGCUGCUCCAACCUGCUUCCAGUUGUUACUCCACCUCCGGCCACCGAUGAGGAUCCUAUUGAUCCAAUUGUCGAUGAUGUCCAGGAAACCGAGGAAAAAGACAAGGGACCCGCGACCAUAAAACCAAGACCUCCGAUUCACGGUUCAUGGCCGCCGCAGAUCCCUACGCAUCCACCCGACCACACUUUGCCGCCAUUGCCAACGCAUCCACCGUACCUUGAUUUAGCGACGACCUCCACGUUGAAACCAGUUUCCACUACGAAAAAACCGGGCUUAGGCACGACCUGGCCGACGAAGAAACCUGCCUGGUGGCCGGGCGCGCCGACCACGCCGGCCACUACCCAGAAACCGAUAGGAACGUUCCCUACCCUGGACACUUCCCAAUGCGGGGCAAAGAAUGGUAACCAGGACCAAGAGCGGAUCGUAGGAGGUCACAACGCUGAACCUGGCGAGUGGCCUUGGAUAGCAGCGCUCUUCAACGCAGGCAGACAGUUCUGCGGUGGCUCGCUCAUCGACGAUAGACACAUACUAACCGCAGCUCAUUGCGUUUCCAAUAUGAAUCCUUGGGACGUGGCAAGGCUAACGGUCCGACUCGGUGACUACAAUAUCAAGACCCACACCGAGAUCAGACAUAUCGAGCGCCGAGUGAAACGUGUGGUCAGACACAGAGGAUUCAAUCUGCGCACCCUGUACAACGACGUCGCGCUUCUGACUCUCAGCGAACCGGUCCCGUUCACCGAACAGAUACGACCCAUCUGCCUGCCUAGCGGUUCGCAGCUCUACUCAGGGAAAACCGCGACAGUCAUCGGCUGGGGAUCCCUGAGGGAAAGUGGACCACAACCAGCUAUACUUCAAGAGGUGUCGAUACCGAUUUGGACGAACAGUGAAUGUAAAUCGAAGUACGGCGCGGCUGCACCUGGCGGCAUUGUAGACAGUUUCUUGUGUGCAGGACGAGUUGCGAAAGAUUCCUGCUCGGGUGACAGCGGUGGCCCGUUGAUGGUCAACGAUGGUCGUUGGACGCAAGUUGGUAUCGUCAGCUGGGGUAUCGGAUGUGGCAAAGGUCAAUAUCCAGGCGUGUACACGAGAGUGACGCACUUCCUACCCUGGAUUUACAAGAAUCUGAAGUAAAAUCGCGACGCCGGGAAUGUGUCAUUCCUGCUUGAUAAAGUAUUUCGCUCGUUAUCAUCCUCAUCGUCAUCGAA